UGACUCGUGGUUGCCACUGUCAACCCGGGAACUUCAUUAUUUCCUGUAAUAUAAAACAAGGGUCAUGGCUGUAAAAGAAUGGUUCAGAAGACUGCAGCCGGUCCAGUUGUACCUGGUCCUGUUCUUCACCACUGCUUUCUUCAUCGUCGAGAUGGUCGCCAGUCAUGUGACUCACUCGCUGACGUUACUGCUCAAUGCCUAUCACAUGCUGUGCAACAUAAUAGCGCUUAUCGGUUGCAUCGCGACAAUAAAGUAUAGUCAUCGUCAAAGCGGUAACAGUCACAGCGGCCACAGCAUCUCUAGUUCCGUACGAAAUUCCGCAAUUUGCAUAAGUGGCGAUGAACGAGCUUCUGCAACAUCUCUGUCGACGAAGACCAAGCAAUCACGAUCGGACAGGCGGAUGAAGAAUACUUUCGGAUGGGCGAGGAUAGAUAUCGUGACGAUGCUCGUUUGCUGCGUGCUUCUAGCGUCUUUCUGCUUCUCCUUGUUGGUGGAAGCGUUACAGACUCUGAUACACAUAGAUCACUUAGACGAAAUGCAUCAUCCAAUGCCUGUUCUAACAAUUGGUGCGUGCGGCAUUCUUCUCAAUACAUUUUGUUACAUCUUGAUUGGAGGAUACACCUUUAAUCAGGGCAUCGUUCUGCAUGUCACAAUGAACGGAGACGUAAUAUUACGGAGGAAUAUCAACUCGCAGCAAGUGAAGGAGGGUGAACAACAGUUAUCUUCCCAAACCAGACGAAGUCCACUGGGUAUACCAAAGAGCCAAGGUUUUCGAGAAACGUGCCGUGACGCGUUGGGCUGUGUUUUUGUCAUCUUGGUGUCCAUAUUAGUAUAUUUUACUGACUCCGACGUGGCCAAAUUUAUCGAUCCCUUCUUCGCCAUUAUCUCUGCCAUUUCUCUUUUUGCGCUCAGUUAUUCGUACAUGAAAGAAUCUGGUUUGAUACUGCUUCAAACGAUCCCAAAUCACAUAAAUAUCGAUUCCCUUAAGAGAGAAUUGCUCGAAGCUUUUCCGGGUAUAGUAAACGUUCACGACUUGCACGUAUGGCAAUUAACGGGACAAAAGAUAAUAUCCACAGUUCACAUAAUUUUCUUGGAUCCAAUGGUUUAUGCCAGUAUUACGGAUCAAGUUACUGCCUUUUUCAUAGAGAUGGGCAUAACUCAAGUUACGAUACAACCGGAAUUCCAUAAGAUGAAGCCAAACAUGGAGAAGGCCGGUUGCCUAAUUCGUUGCCAUGGCGAACAUUGCAGUUCCUCACAGUGCUGCUCCAAAGAAAAAUUCAUAGAAGACUCGAGCUCGGACCUAGUGACAAAGAAGCAUGUACAGUCCAUAAAUAAGAAGCUUGAAAAGAAGGAAAUUAUCCCUAGCUUAUCAACAAUCGACUUGAAGAAGUUCACCGUCCACGACGAGGAGGACCCACGGCCGUGUCACUCAAUCGAAAAUCCGUCGGACGGAAGACCGUUUUGCCCGAACGACGGACAAACACGAAAUAACAAAGAUAACACAGCCGACAGCAGUUCCUACGCGAUAAACGUGGUCGUUAAUGAUGAAAAUUGUGCUUCGAGCACUACGAGUCACGGUAACCCGAAUCAAGAGAUCACGUCCUAACGUUGCUUUUCAAAACAGACAGUAUACUAAA